UUUCUGAACUUUACGGUAAGGGUCUUCCUCCUGGCCCCUCCCCGCUUGGCCGCUGAACGGCGGGGCCCAAUGUGGCACUGCGCGCCGCCAACUCCCUCCUUUGAGCCCGGACGCUUCGGGCGCCGAGAGAUCGAGCGAGCGAGCGGGCGGCUUUAAAAUGUCAAAGCUGGAUCCAAUUUGCCAGCGCGGGAGCGAGAGGAUGAGGGGGACGUCUCUUCGCCGGGGCUGAGGCAGCCUUGCCUGCCGGACGAUGAGGGUCUCUUGCAAAGUGGUGGCCCUGGCGCUCUGCCUGGCGCUCCUGCUGCUCCUCUACCUCUUGGUGGCCAACGCCGACGAGCCGCCUUUGCCAGCGGCGGGAGAAAGCCCCUCGGGGCCCCUGGCCGCCGGGAACGACGUCGCUCCGCCGCUCCAGACUCGCUUCAGAUCCGUCCAGCCGGCGGAGCCAGAGAAAGAAAAAGCGGUUCUGGUUUCCAAGCGGGAGCCACGUCCCCACCGAAAGGCAGGCAAACGCAGCGCGGGUCGAUCCAGAGGGAAGUCAACGAGCCUUCGGAGACCAAAGGACCAAAAGCAUUCUGCAGCCCAGUUUUCUUCGGUGCAAUGGAUGCAUCUUGCAGUUGUAGCAUGUGGCGACCGGCUGCUAGAAACUCUCAACAUGCUGAAAUCAGCAGUUCUCUUUAGCAACAAGAAGCUCAAAUUUCAUAUUUUUGCCGAGGAUUCCCUGAAGCCAGAGUUUGAGAAGAAAUUAGAGGAAUGGCCUACCUCGUUCUCAAAGAAGUUUGAAUACAAUGUCUACCCAAUCUCCUUCUCAGUUGGAAAUGCUGAAGAGUGGAGAAAAUUAUUCAAACCAUGUGCUGCCCAACGCCUCUUUCUUCCGAUGAUUUUGAAGGAUGUGGAUUCCCUUCUGUAUGUGGACACAGAUGUCUUAUUCCUGCGACCCAUUGAUGACAUUUGGAGCUUUCUGAGAACUUUUAAUGCCACCCAGUUGGCUGCAAUGGCACCGGAACAUGAAAUACCAAAGAUUGGCUGGUAUAGUCGUUUUGCUCGCCACCCAUACUAUGGAACCACUGGGGUGAAUUCUGGUGUCAUGCUAAUGAAUUUAACCCGAAUAAGAAAUACCCAAUUCAAGAACAACUUGAUACCAACAGGCUUGAAAUGGGAAGAGAUGUUGUACCCGUUAUACCAAAAGUAUAAAAAUUAUAUUACGUGGGGAGACCAGGACUUGCUAAAUAUUAUUUUUUACUUCAAUCCAGAAUGUCUCUACCUCUUUCCCUGUCAGUGGAAUUAUCGACCCGAUCACUGCAUGUAUGGCAGUAAUUGCAAAGGAGCAGAAGAAGAAGGCAUUUCAAUUCUGCAUGGAAAUCGAGGUGUCUAUCAUGAUGAUAAACAACCUACUUUCAAAGCACUCUAUGAAGUGAUACGUGAUUUUUCCUUCGAAGACAAUCUCUUCCAAUCAAUGUACUAUCCUCUCCAGUCCAAGUUCCUCAAUACUGUACACACUUUAUGUGGGCGAAUUCCACAGGUUUUUCUGAAACAAAUUGAGAGAACCAUGAAGAAGGUCUAUGAAAAACAUGUGAUUGUCAAUAUUGGAGCCAAUUUCAGAUUAUAAUUGUAGCAAUAUAUUUUAAUGGAGCUUUUGUCACCCAUCAUAUGAACUGAAAGUUCUGUGCUGGUUUUUGCAACAGUUCUGUAAACAGGUACCUGGGAGUAAGAUUCAUGAAGCUUAGUAAGACAUUUCUGACUAGACAUGUAUAAGAUUGCAUUGAGUCAGUUAUUGCUUAAGCAAAAUGACAAGGCUUAUUUUUAAUUAUAAUAAUGACCAUUCCAUUAUUUAGCUUGAUGGUGGUUAAAGCAAUGGUUUAAAUUCUGGGAAAAAGAAAAGAAAAAUACUGUUGUAGGUAAGAUGAGGAACAUAAAUAUUUGGAAACUUAAGACAAAUACAAGGAGAAUUUCUCUGUAAUUCUGUGAGAAGGCUCUUACAGAUAUUUCUUGUGCUGGAAAAUAACUGCUGAGAAUACGUAAUGAUAUAACUUAGUUUUUACAAUGGCAGAGGGAUGGAUUCUGUAGUUCAUCAUUCAAUGCAUGUUGUUGCUUUGAAACUUUGCUCUUUGAUGUUAGUAACUUUGGAUUUUGGCAUUUCCAUACUAUCAAUUCUCUUCAAACCUAGAGUAGAAGAUACCUUUGGGUUUUCUUGUCCCUCCCUUUUCACCAAUUCACAGUGAGUAUCCACUUUUGGUACCAUAUAGUUGUCUUUGAGUUGAACUUAGUCCAUUCAGCUAUUUCAGCACAGGAAAUUAGCCUUCCUCUCUGCUUCCAUUCAUGGCACUUGAUUCACCAACAUUCCCUUUAGGACACCAUUGAAAAUGUCUUUGUCCUGCCUCUAGACCUUCUGCAGGUUAACUCUCUUUUGUUGCAUCAUGGUCUUGAUUGCCAAACUGACAUCAAGACUAUAAUUUGAACCUCAUACUUUUAGACGGUUUUCAGCAGAUUGCAAUUGGUCACAGUUCAUGUGUCAUUUCACUGAGGAACAUCUAUCUCUUUGGUAUUUUAGGGACCAUUAUUAUUAUUAAAUCAUAUGGGGAUUCUGUUUCAGCAAAUCUAACUGUGCCCCAAUUAUUUUAACCAGAAGGAUUGUCAGCCUUGCUACCUUGGUACUUGAGGAUAGUGAGGUGAAGGUUAAUUUCUUCUCUUUGCUAAGGUUUACAUGAUGAAAACAGCAACUAUUGUUGGUGUUAUUUCUUUAAAGCUUGGUGGAAGGACUGUAUGUAAUAAACCAAGUAGAUUCUUGUCUGAAAAAAAAUGUUUUAACUAGUUAUUAAGGUGAUAUUCUUUACUUUGCAUGAUGUAACAUAGAGUUGUCUUUAUCAUCUCACCAAGUAUUAAUAUAUCCAUUUUGUUGUCUGCUAUCUUUGCUACACCUGAUUAAGACAACUAUUCUUCCGAACAUCUUUAUCCAUUUCUGAGUUAAAAUGCAGAACGCUUUACAGGAAUAUAUUUUUGUCAUUUUACAUACAGAAUUUGAGGAACAGACUUUUCACAUAGAGUUGUAUACUAUGUUCUAGAUAGCUCUUUUCUGUCUCAAAUAUUUAUGUAGUAAUAUUUUUCAUUAUAUUACUCUGAAGCAGCUUUUGAGCUGUUUCCUUCUUUACAUUUUUGCAAAUGUGUCCUAAAAUGUAGGACAGAAUUUACUACAAAAUCUCACUUUGGUAAGAAGAAUUUGAUGUUAGUUAGUGUGGCCUGCAAUCUGGCCUGUAGAAUGGAAGCAUAUGAGAGGGUGAGCUAAGAGAUCAACCAGAGGGUAAAAGAAAAUCUGGUUGGAUUUGUAAGUGUCACCCUGUGAAUAAGUUAAGUGAAUUUGAAACUGCUACUAUACUAAUGCCAAAUUAGUUUGUCUGAUGCUAGUGCUCCUUAAAGAGUAACAGCAAAACCGAAAGGUUAACACCAUGCCACAUCCUCCUUUGUGGAUUUGUGUGUUUUUUGUCUCUGCAAAACGAAAGCUCAUUUGAGUAUAACUUAAUUGCAGAAAAAUUCAGAAUGCCUUGCCUAGCAAUUAUUAAAAAGAAAAAUAAAUUUCCAUAAAAAGUAUUAGAAAAUCAAACUCAUGGAAAAGGAAGAAGAGCUAAAUGCUUAUUUUAUAGCAGAUAUAAUAUUCAAAGGGAUGAAAAGAUCUAAUAUUAUCCAUCCAAAAGAUAGAAUCUUGAAAAAUCUCUUUAAUGGAAAAUUGAUACAAUUUUCAAGAGUGAGUUUGGCCUUUUUUCACUUGGUGAAAUAUAUCCCUGGAUUAGUUGCUUUCUGUUAAAUCUCCAUUCAUGUGCAGGAUCUCAGGUGCCCUGUAAGAUGUUUCAAAAUCCAGUAUUGCAAAGUUUUUUUAAAGGGUUUUUAAAAAUGCUAUUUGAUACAGUAUUUGAUUCCAGGACAGAUUUAGAAUUUGUCCAGUUCAAUUUCUCAAACAGUGUCUUUAUUUAAUCCUUUUAUAUCUCCUGUAUGAUACUCACAAGCAUAUACACAUCUCAGAGAAGAUUGGAAAAUACUUGGAUAUGCAUCACAAAACUCUUUGAGAUUUGCCAUACAUUGAAGCAACAUUGCUAUUGCGGUUUUCUUUGAAGGGAAAAUAACCUAAAGUCUAUAGUAAGAAUUCUGCUCCCCUUGAACCUUUGAUUUGAGUUACUUUAUCAGAUGUAUUGGAAGUUGAAUUCAAAUCCUAGAGAUGAGGACUAGCUCAAAGACAACAAUGAAUUCUGGUGUGCUACCAAAGUAGUUUUUUAAAAAAAAAUCAUUUUUGUAAAUUCAAAUUCCUUUUCAGAAAUUGAGUUCCAGUUAUACUUUUAUAGUAAACUAAAUAGUGUGAUUUUGAACAUAAAGAAGGAAGCAGUUACCGGUAACUUUCUUGUCAUAUAAAGUAUUAUCUCUACCAUAUUUUGAUAUGUUUACAAAAAUUGUAAUGUAUUAUAUUUUGGUUUGUUUUUUAAAAAACAAGCAAACCUAAAAAUACUUUUUAUAUUUUCGCUUGAUUUAUAAAGGAUUUAAUUUUCUAAUAGUGAAUUAACACUAACAAUUCUGCACAGUAUUAGUAGACUUAUGCAAGGAAAAAUAUCCGUUUGCGUUCUGUUCUUGGGACGUUGUUGGUGGAUUACAUUGCAAACCUUUUAAGAAAAAAAAUUAAAAUAAUUAUAAAUAUAUUUGCUGGAUAAAUUCCUAGCUUGUUUAAACAAAUAGCUUGCAAUUUUCAGUACAUUUCAUAUUAUAAUUUUAAUAACAUUUUUUUAAUAUGUUAUUAAUAUAUGCAAAAUACUAAUUACUGAUUUUUUAAAAAAUAACCAUUAUAUAUAGGGCACAUAUAAAUAUUUAUUUCAACACCCACAUCUACAUGCUGUGUUAUUUUUUUAUAUUAGGAUAUGAGAAGGGGAUUUUCCACCUACUGUGAUUCAGUAAAAAGACUGACAUCAAAAUAACUGUAAACCAAGGUAAAUUAAGAUUACAGGACUGGAGAAACAAGAGUGAAUUUAUAAUCUUGUUUUAAUAGUUUUGUGGUAAAACUAUACUUUAAUCUCUAACUGAUGCAUAGUUGCUUAACUAGUUCUGCUUGCUGGCUCAGUGUACAUUAAAGUCUGUCAGUAACUGAAUGGCAAACACUCAAAUAAUGAACCAUAGGGCUGUAAUAAAUUAUGUACAUCUACAAUUAAAAGGAGAAUAGUUAUAUUGAUGAACUGUCACCAGUUUCAGUCCUAAAUCUCAAUCUUGGGUACAUUUCUAUCUGCAAAAUAUUACCUAUAGCUGAUUGAUCCUUUGCAGACCUAGACAUGUCUAUACCUAUUGAUUUUAAGGUUGAAUGUGCCAAAAAUCCUUUUACAAGUGUACAACUUCAUGUACACUUGCUUUCAAUAACUGCCAGAUUACUAUCUCAAAGACUUGAAGCGUCACAGUUCAAGAUAGACUGUCAAGAUAGAUGUAGCUCUUCAGAUAUGUCUAUGGGGAUUCUCAGUCAUCCAGGUCAUUUUUGUCCCAAAGAUGCUUUUUCAAAUGUGAUCUGAUGUGUAUGAAUUUAACCUUGAUUUGGAAGGAAUUUGUCCUAUUGCCAAAUUGCUUUAAGGCAGGAGUGGGCAAAUGUGGCCCUUUUACAACCUGUGGACUUCAACUCCCAGAAUUCCUGAAACAAGCUGUCUCAGGAAUUCUGGGAGUUGAAGUCCACAGGUUGUAAAAGGGCCACAUUUGCCCACCCCUGCUUUAAGGGGUCCUUGAUGCUCUUUGAGCUUGGUUGUUUUCUUGCAGACUUUUCAUUGCCCCAAACUGUUGUGUAAUGACUGCAACAGUUACUAUAUAGGACAAGCAGAUAGAAGACUAAUAAAGUGCAUCCAUGAACACGAACUAGCAGUCAGAAGUCAGGAUGAAAACUCCCUAAUUGCAUAACAUAUGGACAGACUUAACCAUAGUUUCAACUGGGAAACUGGAACCAUCCUAGACCAAGCCAAAUUCAAAAACACUAGGAAAUUUCUAGAAGUUUGGCACUCUGACAAAUUAGCCAUCAAUAGACACAUAUACAUAAACAAUAUCUACAUACUAUGCAAAAGAGACAAACAACAAGGCAAAAAGGGAACAAAAAGACUGAAACAUCCCCCACCAGCAAUUAACACUCAGAUGAAUAUAGAUUUAACUCCAAGAUUAAUAUCAGGCCAACAGUCAAGAAGUAAACAAUACCCCAAUCAAGGAAUUCACAAACAAGCUAACAGUAAGCAGCCCAACCAAGGAACCUGUAAAAUCACUUCCACCAACACUGACAGGGCAAGUCACUAGAAUAUAAACUGAGAUCAAACCCCACUCCUUGCUAGCACUGAUAAUAUUACCUACUUUGUGUAAUUUGUGUAAUAAAACAUCUACAAAAAACCCAACCAACCCUCCCAAGUUCAGAGGGUAUGAAGGACGCCUCAUUUCAACCCUUAGUUACAAAUAUUCUCCUUUAUUGGCAAACUGCUUUUAUUUAUUAGAAUUGUAUCUUUAUAAUUUUCAGAAUUCCAGAGUCUCCAGAAUGUUGAUACAACUUAAAAAUUCAUUCUCACCUUAUUUUUUUUGUUCUGAAUCCAGUCAUAGUCUAAGAAAAAAAUAUUUUUUUAGCGCUAAGAAACUUCUUGAUGAGAUGUAAAGAACAGGUUUUAAUCUCCACUUGCUUCUAAAGUUAGUUGAUAAUUGUGUACCUAUAGAUUUUCUACAUGGCAAACUGUUGCAGAUUUCCAUCUAAGUGGAAAAUGAAAAAUGGAAUUUGCAUUACUUGUCUCUGUGUAAAAUUGCAAUCAAUGUCAUGUCACUUUACUAACUUGUAUAUUUCUGUUUGAUGAAGUGCACUGAAUAUUUAUGGCUCCUAAGGAGGCAAUUACAGUGUAUUUAAAGUCAUUUAUAAUUUUAGACCUUUCAGGUAAAUAAACCAACUUUCAGCAAA